GGCAGUCAACUUAAGCGCUCGCGAAUUGCUAGAUAUUUGUAUUUUAAUAAAUGAAGAACAAACUAAUGUACAUAAAAAAUAGUUAACAACAACUUGAGGUGAUAAAGAACGCGAAGAUCAUUCUUUGGAUUUUAUACACUAUAGUUUUAAAUUGUAGUAAGAGCUCGUGAGAAAAUACCACUUAGAACACAAUCUUAUCUCGCUCUCUUCAAUAUUACUUAAGAGUUUUAAUAGAGUAUAGAAAGAUCUCUUUAUGUUUUGAGUUUGAAUAAUAAGCAAACCCAACAUAAGACAAUAUGUUAGUUUGCGGCAACAUGUUAAAGCAGAAGGACGAGUAGAAAUUUAAACGGAAUACAAAUAAUUUAUAGCAAAUUAAGAUAAGAAAAGCCAGUUCUACUUGAAUCGAAUCGAGAAUUAAGUGCAAUGGGAACUUUGUCACUGAGCGAUUUCGAAGCUGUGAAGAUUCCUGUACCCUGGGGUCACAUUUCUGGACGUUGGUACGGAAAUCGGAACGAGCGACCCAUCUUGGCCAUUCACGGAUGGCUGGACAACCUGGGAACCUUUGAUCGGCUGAUUCCCCUCCUACCUGACUAUCUAGGAGUACUCUGCAUCGAUCUGCCAGGACAUGGAAGAUCCUCGCACUUGCCACCUGGAAUGUACUACAGUGUGUACGAGUACGUGUUCACAAUUCCACUGGUGAUGAAGGAGUACGGAUGGUCAAAGGUCUCUCUCACUGGACACUCACUGGGCGGAGUCCUAUGCUUUAUUUACGCCUCCCUUGCUCCUCACACCGUCGAUAUGAUAAUCUCCCUGGACAUACUGCUCCCCUUGAGAACCGAAAUAGACUACAUGGCCCUGAGCAUAGAGAAACAACUAGUGAAUGUAGAGCUACAGAAGCUGGGAAAUUAUAGUGAGCCGCCCUCCUACACCCCCACCCAGUUGGGAAAGGUGCUGGCCACGGGAAGCUUUAAUUCCGUAUCCCCGGACCUGGCAAAGCACCUGCUCCACCGCCAGUUGGCCAAGUCGAAACUGUACCCCGAACGGUUCCACUUCUCGAGGGAUAUUCGAGUAAAGUACUACCACUACAUAGACAUCGACGAUGGUCUGGGGGCAGAAAUGGCGAGGCGUAUCAUCAAGAAGCCAUAUCUAAUCAUCAAGGGCUCCUUGUCACCAUAUCUCUCCGACCGCAACAACGAGGCUAUGUCGAUUUUGGCCAAGGAUAAUCCGCUUCAUCUGCAUGCCGCCGAGGAAUGCGCCAGUUACAUUGUGCCAUUCAUCCAGCAUCACAGACCUCCUGCGCUGACCUCCUGGGCUGUGGCCGGAAAGGAUGACAGAUCGAGGAAACCAAAGGGAUUUCUCGCAUGGACCAACAAAAAGCGCAGCAAGUUGUGAUAAUUAUACACUGUAUCGGUUAUACACUGUAAAGGUUGUAAAGUUUGAGAACGUGAAGUAUUAAAUUUAAACUAUCAUAUUAAA